AUGCAGAAGAGGAUUGAACUCGAAAAACGGAAUUUGUCACCAAAAGAGGUCCGGGAGCUGACCCUUGACAAUUGCAGAGCUCAUGAGAUAGAAGGACUUACAGAUGAAUAUGAAAAUCUGGAAUUCCUUAGUUUAAUCAAUGUUGGUCUUAUUGGUCUUAAAGGUUUUCCAAAGCUCAAGAGCUUAAGAAAGUUGGAAUUAAGUGACAAUCGCAUUUCUGGUGGUUUAGAAAAAUUACAAGAUUGUACAAAACUCAGACAUCUCAAUCUCAGUGGCAAUAAGAUCAAAGAUGUUGAAACCUUAAAACCAUUGGCCAACCUUAAAGAGCUGUCCAGUUUGGAUUUGUUUAAUUGUGAAGUAACACAGUUAGAAGAUUACAGAGAAACUUUAUUUAAGUUGAUUCCUCAGUUACAUUAUCUUGAUGGUUAUGACAGAAAUAACAAGGAGCAAGAAGAUGAGGAUGCUGAAGUUGAAGAUGAGGAUGAGGACGAAGAUGAGGAUGAGGAUGAAGAUGAAGUAGACGUUGAAGAUGAUGAAUCAGAUGAAUUAGAUGAAGAAGAGGGGGAAGAAGAAGGUGAAGAAAAUGAAGAGAAAGUUUGUCUUGACUAUUUGGAUAGAGAUGAUUUAGAUGAAGAUAGUGAAGGUGCUGACUUUGAACCAGAUGCCGAUGAAGAAAAUGAAGAAGAUGAAGUGUCAUUUGCAGAAGAAUCUGAAGGUGAUGCUGAAGCUGAUGAUGGCCAACGAGGGAAGAAGAGGAAGCAUGAGGAGGAAGAGGAUGAGUAUGCCUUGCAGACCCUUUCCUCCUCCUCCUCCUCUCCAUCUCUCAUUUCUUACAUCUACUCCAGCCCAUCUCUCUCAUAUUCUCCCUUCCUUUCUCCUUGCACUUAUUCUACCAUGUGCGAAUCUCCUCCCCCCCUCCUUUCCUUACUCUCCCUUCCUUUUUUUUACCUGCCAAUAUUCAGUUCUUGGCCAGUCAGUGUUGGGUCAGAAUUCAUCAAUGCUAAGCAUUCCAAGACAAAAAUGAGCAACAGAAAGCCCAAUCCCCCUCUCUUGUCAUAUCCCACUCCUUUUAUUACUCAGGAAUAUUACUACCCUUACUACUCCUGCAGCCCAGGGGCUGAGACACUAGCCAGGAGCUUAUCCACAGAGAAUAGCAAGAAAGUGGAUAUCAUUAAGGAUCAUGCAACUGGAGAAGACAAAAACACCGUAUUUGCGGAUUCAAAGAAAGAAAGAGAAACUCGUGGUUUGUUGAAAUCAGCUGUUCAAAGAUCUCUUUCAAAGGAUGCCGUCAUUAUUGUGGAUUCUAUGAAUUAUAUAAAAGGAUUUCGAUAUGAAUUAUACUGUGUCUCUAAAUCCACUUCUACUCCACAUUGUGUGGUACAUUGUGCCAGUAAUAUUCAACAAUGUUUAGAAUGGAAUGAAAGUCGUAAUCUUGCUGACCAAUACUCAACAGAGAUACUCCAUGAAUUAGCACAGCGAUUUGAAAGUCCCAACUCCCAGAAUCGAUGGGACAGUCCUCUAUUUGUGAUCCAAGUUGGUGAUGAAGUGCCUUACAAACAGAUAUCUGAUGCUCUCUUCUUACGAAAACCUCCACCGCCAAAUAUGUCAACUCAGUCACAACCAUUGUCUUCCACUAACUUUUUGUAUGAAUUGGAUCGUGUCACUCUGAGUACAAUUAAGGCAAUUAUGCAAGCCCAAACAACAAGUGUAGAAGGAGAUUUGCUGACCAUUCCAGAUGUGAAUGAAAAAAUCUGUUUGAAUCGGCAUUUGACAGCAUCAGAGUUACAUCGACAUAGACGGCAAUUUAUUACUUAUACCAAGAUGCAUCCAGUUGAAAAUACACAAAGAUUAGCAACAAUGUUUGUCUCAUACCUCAACACAUAUAUUACUUGA